UUCAGAUAUAAUUUUGUGUAUAUGUCGACCUCUAUUCUCCACGUGGUCCUUGUUGUUCCCAGAUUAUGGAUUUAUUAGUAGCCCCAGGUGAGAAUCUGCGAGCACAUCGCGUGCGGCACGUACGAGACUCGCCUCUGGCAAGUAUACUUGUACACCAAGGCACACCACGGGGACUUCGCUGCUGCAGCGGUUUUGUCAUCCGACCCUAUAUAUAAAGCAUUGGCUGUAAUGUUAGAUCAGGAUGUGAAGUCGUUGCCAAUAAGAAAUGCCACAGAUACGGCCUGGAUUGGUAUGGUGGACUGUAUAAGCAUCUCUGAGUACCUGUCUUCAGCCACGUCUGAUGACGCCUUUCUGGAACCAUUGCUCGGCAAUGUUAGGCUAUGGGAAUGGGACGAAGUUACAACAAAUGCGAAUGAACACCUCGAAGCGGUCGUGCACCAUAUGGUUUUCAACUUCUGUCACAGUCUCAUGGCUGUCGACGGGGACAACAUUAUUGGAUACAUCACACAGCAAAGUGUCACGGCACUCUUAGACCAGCAUCUAGACGCCAUAUACGACGAGAGCGAUGAAACACUCCAACAUCUCGGUUUUGUCACGGGGCGUAUACUCACUUGUCAGAAGACCGACACCGUACGCACAUGCAUGCAGACGCUAAAGGAUAAGCACUUCCAGUCGAUAGCAAUUGUAGAUGCGUAUGGAAAAUUAGUCAGCGAGUUUUCCUCGUCAACAAUCAGAAGUAUUACAAGCGUGGCAGAGAUGGAUGUGCCAUUAGAGGAUUCAGAUCAGUAUAGGCCUUGGGUGCUGACUUGUCUACCGAAGAGCACCAUACGAGAAGUGAUUAGAACACUAGUCAUCAAUGACCUGUAUCGACAAUAUAUAGUAGAAGCUGGAAGGCCAGUGGGAGUCGUCACAUUAUCCGGUAUAUUGGCUAAAAUUUCGCAAUUAUAAGGACUGCCAGUCAAAACAAUAUAGAAUCGUUGUAUGAGCACACAUCGACGAAAGUUGACAACUAAAAUAAAUAUUAGAAUUAUCCGC